AUGGAGGAAUCUUUGGACGGGAGGGAAGUUGGAGCUACUACGUCUGGCUUCGAUUCGGCGACCAUACUGAAUGAUGACGUAUCACCAACCACUAGUUUCUGUUACAACAUACCAAAUCUUUUUAAUGGUUUAGGACCAGCUUCAGUUUUAUGUGAACGGACAGACACCGACGAGAGUUAUAUAACCACUGAACCCUCGGAAGAAGCAGAACACCAACAGUUUGAGGAUGAUGAAGAAUAUUCACCGAAAUCAAGUACUAAAAGCGACUUACCGAAGAGGAAACAAAGAAGGUAUAGGACAACAUUUUCAAAUGUACAGUUGGAGCAACUGGAGGCUGCCUUCCACAAGACCCAUUAUCCUGAUGUCUUCUUCAGAGAAGAACUUGCCAUGAGAAUUGAUCUGACUGAGGCCAGAGUUCAGGUAUGGUUCCAAAACCGGAGGGCUAAAUGGCGUAAACAACAGAAAUUAGGAUCUGAUACCUAUCCCCCGCGGGGUCGGUCUCCUGACGAAAGAUCUCCAUCUGCAUUGGCGCUUGAGAUGAGAGAUUUCAUCACUAUACCUGUAUCGUCUACACAAAUGAUAAAUAUAUCUGAGACCACACAAAACAGUUAUGCGAAGAAACAAGCUGCACCGGCCAUCCAUAUACAAGCGCUACCAACUAAACAAAACCCACAAGGUGACUUCCCCUCAUUUUCCAUACCCCUUCAAUACAAUUUUGGCACAUUCAAGAAAAUUGGAGAAGAAGUUCAACUUGAUUUAGAGACUACUGAGGCCGUGCAGCAACCACCAUGGGAUUCAAGAAUGAUACCAAACUUUAAUCUAUUGAACUUAAAGCCUUUAAUAGAACCAAGAGAUAAUAUUGAAAUAACUGAACUGAAAUAUGAUGUAAAGAAUGAAAGCCGUGUAAAUUUUAAUGAAAUAGCAAACUCAAGUUUACAAGCAGCUACUAUAGAAACUGUAGAUAUUUUAUGUAAGGAAACGGUAAAUGAGGGUCAAACUAUAUCACCAGAUUUUGGUAUAGAAAGAUAUCAGAGUUAUCACAAUGAAAAUGAGAAAAGGUUUAGGGAUUCUAGUUUUGAUGAAGCUAUAAUGGAAGACGGUAGAAACGAGUUUGUAUGUGAAACUGAUUUUUUGUGUAAAAACAAUUUUGGAAAGGGUGAGGAGAAACGGAAUGAGUUUGAAGAUUGUCAUCUACUAGAUACUGACAGUGGUGUUGGAAUUAGUAAUUUUGAGAGUAAUUUAUAA